AUAAAACUUAAGAAAAUGUCAGAUUAUGAAUCAGACUUUGACGAUUUUGAAGAUUUCGGAUCUCCUCCAGUUGACGAGAAGGUGUUUGCUCAACCAGCAGCAGUUCCAAAGAAGGCUAAAGAGAUCACCAUUGGAGAUAAUCCAUCCAGAAACGUACCUGAUCUUCUACCUGAACUCCGCAACCUUUCUGAUGAAGAAAAGUUGAAUAGGAUUAUUGACAAAUAUUCAAAGAAGGGUUUCCAUAACCUGUCUCUUCGUGAGCUAAUCCACAUCUAUAAGACCAAUGAAUUCGAGCAGAAAUGCUUGGCUAGAAGCGGCAAGGAAUGGCCUCCCAAGUACAACUCCAUGAUUUUUGAGAGGCUUCGCAAGUGCCAUUUCAAUAUAAAUUUGUUGAUAAGAAUCAAAAAGAAUCUAGUUGACCUCACUCAAGAGGAGAAGUUCUUCAAUCUUAUUAUCAGUGGAGAUCUUCCAAGAGUUAAAAUUUUCAUGGAUGGAGACGAAGGAGGGGCUGGUGCUAUAUUUCCAAACAUCAUAGAUGAAUAUGGUAAAACAGGACUUCAUUAUGCCGCACAGAUGGGUUAUGAGGAUAUUUCAGAGUACUUACUUCACUCAGGGUUUCAAAUAGAUGCGAUAGACAAUCUAGAGAGAACACCUCUACAUUAUGCAGCGAUUCAAGGAGACUGUGUAAAAUUACUACUCAACAGCAAAAGUAAUUAUCUUCUCAGAGACAAUCUGAAUCGAGUCCCAUGCCACUUAGCUGCAAUCCAUGAUAACUGUAAGGCCAUGAAAGACUUCAUUGAUUAUGAAGAAAAACUCGGUGAUAAAAGAAGGAUCAGAAAAGACAAGAAAAUAGUAAAUCAAAAGGACUCUUUUGGUAGGACAAUUCUGCACUAUGCUGCUUAUACAAGCGAGAGAGCUUUCUCUUGUGUCCAAGAGCUACAUCCAACAAUUGAUAAUUUUGACAUGGAGGAUGAUGAAGGUCAUUCACCUAUAUUCUAUGCUUUCAAGCGAGAUAGAUACUACGAGAAGACUUUAAAGAAUGUAUAUCCUCUCUUAGACAUCCCAUCUGUUGAAGAACGGUAUCCGCAUUUGAAAGAUAUGAAAGAUGAACUUAGUCUAUCGCCAAAGGAAGAACUCACACUCAAAAGUCUCAGUCAUAAACAAAUCAAUGCAAAUAUUAGUGACAAAGCUGAUCAGAAAUGGAAGACAGCUUAUCUUAAAGAACGGUUAGCCAAUGAUGUAGAAUCGGAGGACGAAACCAUAGCUUCAAAAAGACGGCUCCCUGAUCAGCUCAGAUCUACGCUUAAGUCGAACUAUGAGUUUGAUGAGGAAGAAGAUGCUGAAAUGAGAUCAACCGUCCUCACAGAAGAGACUGCAAAGACUUAUUAUGCUGAGGAGAUCGAGAACCUCAAAAUUCUAGUCCACGUCCUUAAUGAGAAGCUUGAAAGCAACUCCAGAGAUUACUCUGAGCAAGUCGAGGAGGUCCUUAGAGCUAGAGAAGGGCUUCAGCGUAUGAAAGCUCUUCAGGAUGAAAAUAAAGAGAUAAUUGAAGACAACACAAUUUUACAGAACAAAAUAGAUGAUCUAAUUCGUAGCAUUGACAUUGCUUAUGACAAGAUUGAUGAUCUCACUGAAGAGCUCAAUAAUAGAGAUAUAGACAUGGACAACCUCAAGGACCAACUUCCUAAUAUCCAGAAACUUGAGAAAUACAAGGAAAGAGUUAAAGAGCUUGAGGAGGAAAUUGAUCGACUUAAAGCUCAAAUGAUCCAGCAAAAGCAGCAAGCUGGCCGAAUGUAUAAAGAACUCCUAGAUAAGUUGGAAAAGCAGAAAGAAGAAUCAGGAAAAUUCUCUGUAGAUUAUUAUGUUCUUGGCCGGUUUUUCAGGCAACUUACCACUGAGUCAUUGUCUCAUUUCAGAGUUAGGCUUAAAAAUCAAGAUAAGAAGGAGUUAGGCACUCUUAAAUAUGCAAAGGUCAAGAAGGUACUGGAAGAUCUUAAAAUUGCACCCCAAGAUAUCCCAAACCUACUCCGUCUGGCUGGGUUCUACGAAGAAGACCCUAGUGAUCUAAUCUAUAUCGAGGAAUUUGUACUUCGCAUUAAGAGAAGAAGAGAUAAGAUAUACCUUCUCGACCAGGAACUAUUCACCAAGAUCCUAAUGCAAAUCAAAGAGAGAGGUUACACAAUAGACCAAGCUUUCAAAAAGUUAGACACUAGUAAUGACGGAAACCUGGAAUUCCUUGAGCUUCUCUCAGGUUUUCAAAAACUCAAAAUAAAAGUCUCCAAGAAUGAAUGAAAGGCGAUAUUCUCUAUCCUUGAUGAAGACAAUAAUGGGUAUAUUUCCCUUGAAGAAUUUAAAGCAAAACUGGUAAACCUCGAGGCUGAGAUGGCCAGGCUGCAAAAGGAAAAAGACCUUGAAGAGGAACGUAGAAAAGCCGAAGAGCUCAAGAAGAAGCAGCAGGAAGAAGAAGACGAAAACAGAAAGCUGCAAGAUGAGAUCGACCGCAAGCGCAGAGAGGAAGAAGAACGCAAGCGUAGAGAAGAAGCAGAGCGGAAGGAACGGAACUAUCAAACCAUUAGGAAGGAAGUGGACAACCAACUCCUCUCGCUCGUUGAUAAGCACCUCAUGGUAUACAGAGAGGAGCAGAGGAAAUAUAAUUCCAAGAAGAAAAGAAAGGAGAAAGCUUUUAAAGAGACUAAUAAAGUCAACGGCGAGCUCACUAUUAGAGUCAAUAAUGGCUAUGACAUGCACGAUUUCCGAAAAGAGGGCUACGAGCAUUAUUUCGUAACUAUCCAACUAGAUGGAACUAAUGAUAAUGAGGAAUUUGUAUCAACAGCCCUGGACUUUUGGACAGACCAGAAUUUUGAGUAUGAGAUGAGAAUCCCAAUGCUUAAUACCAAGCUACGUAAACUAGGCUAUGAGUUCUUUCUUAAAGUAUUAACUAGCAAAACUAAAAAGUUUGAUGACGCCCGCUUACUGGGUCAAUUCAAAGUAGCAUGGAACAGAUGUUACCAGUUCCCUAACCUCUUCUCAGUCUUUGAUCAAUUUGAUCUGACAGACCCAGAAGAAAUCGUGGAUAUGAAGCCAAUUCAGGGAAAAGUAGCCGUGCAAGCUAAGUUCACUCCUAUUGAUGUCGUCAAGAAACUGAAAGAUGUAGAUCUUGACAAGAUCGACAAUGCUGAAGAGGAAGAAGAGAAGUCAGAGGAACCACCUGAAGAACUUGGAACUCUUAGAAUACAAGUGCUAAGUUCCAGAGCUUUUGAGAAAGAUAAAAAGCACAAGUUAAGAUUCUACAUUGAUGGGCAGGAUACUAUUGAGACUACUGGAGUCCAAGAGAACACUAAGAACCCUAAAUGGCUAGAAAAGUACUCCUUCACGAUCUAUAAGCCAAGAGGAGAUGACGAAUUCUCUGAACUGAUCAUUGAUGAUAUGGAUGCUGAUGAGGAAGACAAAAUUCUCCACACCACUAAUGUUGAUGUAGGCGUCCUCGCUAGGAAGGGCACAGGGAAGUUAGAGAAAUGGUGAUCCUUCUUUAACAAGCCAAAGAAGCAGCUUAAGGUCAAGAUGGUAUUUCUGUUAAAAAAGAAGUAAAGUUUCAA